AUGGACAACCAGCAGAAAGUAGAAAAGGCCUCUGCCGCCACAAGUCUGCCUCGGAAACCUCGCAACCCGGCCCUCAAAAUGCUCGGUCUUCCGGCACUCCCCAAAAGGCUCCCUUCACGGAACUGGAUGAUAUUCUGGGCCGUCACGGGCGCCUUCACCACGGCCAUCAUCUACGACAAGCGUGAGAAGAACCGCGCGACUGCAAAAUGGCGGCGCGCCGUCGAGCCCUUGUCCCGCGAGCUGCUGGGGUCUGCCAACGCCUUACCCCGAAAGCUCACCGUCUACCUGGAGGCGCCGCCCGGCGAUGGGCUGCGCGUCGCUCAGGACCAUUUCAUCGAGUAUGUGAAGCCCGUGCUGUCGGCAUCCGGGCUGGACUGGGAGUUUGUCCAGGGGAGGCAGCAGGGCGACGUGCGGGCGGCAGUGGCCGAAAGGAUUCGACGGUCGAGAAUGGCGCAUGAGCGUCCGGGCGAGGAGAUUCCCAAGACAGACGAUUCCAUCGUGGAGGACCUGCGAAGGAAGAUGGGCCUGAAGGAGUACGACGGCGUCAAGGGAGAUAUCGUCAUCGGGCGCCACGCCUGGAAGGAGUAUGUGCGCGGUCUGCACGAGGGCUGGCUCGGUCCCUUGGAUCCGCCGCCCCUACCGGAGCCGGAACCGGAACCGGAGCCUGUUUCGGAGACGAAGUCCGACUCUGAAACCCCCUCGGCCGACGACAAGGCCGCCGAAGCAAAGGCGGAGGAGCAGAAGAAGCAAGACAAGCCGUCUCGGCCGCCGCAGCCCCGCCCGCACAACACCACGGGGGACUACGAAUCUGCCUCUCUGCCCGUCCACGUCCCCGCCGAGUUCCCGCCCUCGGCGGUCAUCGCGUUUCCACAUCGCCUGGGCUUCACCCAAACGUUUGUCCGCCUCGGCCGCUUCCUCAAUCGCCGCAAGCUCGCCGACGACAUUGGCCGCCAGGUCGCCGCCGUCUGUUUCGCCGCCGCCCGCGACUACCGUGAGCACGACGGCCAGUACGAGCAGCAGCUCCUCCUGGUGCAGGAGGAGCGGGACUGGCCCAAGCACACGUGGAAGGAAGAGGAGCCCGCCGCGGAGGAGGAGCACGAGAAGCAGGCAGCGUCCAGACCUAAAAAGGAGCGAAUCUGGGCGAGCCCCAUGGUCGUCGAUGCGCGAAUCGCACAGCGCAUGAGACGCUUCGAAAUCCAGCCCCGGGACGAGGAGAGCGCGGCCAAGAUUGCCGUGCCGGAGGAAGAAGUCGAGGGGUGGAUCAAGGGCAGCUUCAGGCGUCUCUGGAGAUGGGGAGUCGGUUCAUUCGACGAUAAGCCCAGGGGCCCCAACGUAGGCAACCUGGACGAUGACUAG